AUGUCUGGCUUGCGACGUUCCUCCUCCUCCGCCGCCACGGCAGUCGCCAGCAUGAAGAAAUGGUUCCCUACAACAUCAUCCCCAUUGAUAGUCUCGGCGCCAAUGGCUUUUGUGACCAAUGUGCAACUAGCGACAGAAGUGACCAAGGCAGGUGGAUUGGGUUUCAUUACUGGGGGCCGUGACUUUUCUCCCGAGUCCCCGGCGCUCAAGAAGCUCGACGAGGAUCUCACAACAGCGCGCCAGUCGCUCUCGCUCCAAGCAAAAAGCAUCCUCCACCAUCAAGAAGCAGGCGCCGCCGCCGGCAGUGCAGGAGAGAAGGACGAUGGGGUGCUGCCCAUUGGCGUAGGCUUUGUCACGUACGAUGCCUCGCUCGGCGCCUUUGCGCAGACCACGACGCCCAUUUUGCGCACCCAUCGGCCGGCGGCCGUGUGGCUCUUUGCGCCGUCCCCGCGGGCCGCGACCACGACGGCCGAGGUGAUUGCGUCCCUGGCUGCGGCCGGCCGCGAGUGGGGCCUCAAGAUCGUGGUGCAGGUCGGCACGGUCGCGGCGGCCCGGGAGGCGGCCCGGGACGGGGCCCAUGUCAUUGUGGCCCAGGGCGUGGAUGCCGGUGGUCACCAGUGGGCCAGCGGCGCUGGUGUCAUUAGUCUGGUGCCCGAGGUGGUGGAUAUGCUGAGAAGCGAAUUUCCGGACCGAGAGAUUGCCGUCUGGGCGGCUGGGGGCAUCGCGGAUGGCCGUGGUGUGGUGGCUUCCUUGGCCUUGGGUGCCGAGGCGGCUGUUGUGGGCACGAGGUUCAUGGUCGCUCAUGAAUCAUCGGCACAAGACUAUAAGCGCAAGGCCAUUCUCUCAACGUCGGACGGUGGCACGAAUACAGUCAAAUCACAAAUACACGACCAUGUUCAGGGCAAUAAAGAGUGGCCCGACUUAUACGAUGGCAGAGCAAUUGUUCACCAUUCAUACCAUGACCACCAGGCCGGCGUGACCCUCGAAGAGAAUGAGAGACGGUACCAGGCCGCAAAGGAAAGUGGUGAUCAUGCUAGAUUGGUGACUUGGUCGGGCACUGGAGUCGGUCUUGUGAAACAAGCCUUGCCAGCAGGUGAGAUGGUGAGAACAUUGAGGAAUGAGGCCUCCCAGGUUUUGCAACAUCUCAAAGGUUUAACUGCUUAA